ACGAAUCCCAGCAGUUGUUUUACUGUAUUUUUAGUUCUAGUAAUUCAUGUAUUUCAUGUAUUGUGGCAAAUGGACAUUUGUUAAGUUUUUGUUUUUUUUGUGCCAGGCAUGGAGGAGCGCCGUUACCCCAUGCAAGGCUUCGGGAACCCUCCUUAUGUGAAGCCAAGUUUUGGCUUCGGGAACCCUCCUUAUGUGAAGCCAAGUUUUGGACAAAGUUUCAAACUGAAUGAUGAGGACAACGACAAGAACUCUUUGUACAGCGGUGGCGAACAGAGAACCCAGCCGCGGAGAAUGGAGAUAUGCCCAUUGCAAACAGGCUCGGAGAACCGUUGUUACGCAACGACAAGUGCAGGACAAAGUUUCAAACUGAAUGAUGAGGACAACGACAAGAACUCUUUGUACAGCGGUGGCGAACAGAGAACCCAGCCGCGGAGAAUGGAGAUAUGCCCAUUGCAAACAGGCUCGGAGAACCGUUGUUACGCAAUGACAAGUGCAGGCUCGGAGAACCGUUGUUACGCAACGACAAGUGCAGGAGAAAGUCUCAUACUGAAAGACGACGACGACAAGACCUCAGAUUUCCCAAGCCUGAAGAGGCAGUUGGAAGCAGAGCUUCAGGAUUUUCAAGAAGUGGAUCAAUGCGUAAAGAAAGUCAUCAGGGACCCCCUGUAUAACACACUGAAGUGCCCUCAGGCCCUGAAUGCCUUGGAUUGCAUGCUGGAGGAUGGCUGCAUCUUCUCAGGUAGCCCCUUCCUUCUGGAAUUGCCUGAGAAUGUCAGGCUGAGUGUCACGGAUCUGCUGAAGAAGAUGGAGCUGGAUAGUGUUGAUUCAUGUGAUCCCCACAACCUUCUCAAACCAGUUGGUGUGCUGGUCAAUGCUCUGUCUGAGUUGGAUGACGAGACAGUGACUCUUAUUUUGGAUCUCGAUGAUGAGGACAGAUGUCAGGUGCUGAAACUGGUGGAGGGAUUGCUGGAGCAGGUGUGCAGCACAGAUGCUGGGGUCCCUCAAUGGAGCGGACAGUUUUCAGAAAACAUGACGAUGGCCACUCAGCUACUGACGUCCUGCGGGCUGAGAUUGGCUGAGGAUAGCCUGGACCCCACCCUGGGUUCCCCAGGUGCUCCUAAUGAAGCCCUACUGGCCCUUUACAUCAUAUUAAAGGGGUUAGACAUGCUGUGGGGACCAUAAACACUCUAUUCUGAAUCACCCUUUGUUAUUAAGGCUCAGGCUGAUGAAAUAGGACUUAGAGCGAUAUUCAUAAUGCAACUUGGUAUAUAUUAGGGGUGAACUUCAGUUGCAGCAAAGUCAGGUAGUGGCAUGUGGGGGUAGCUUUACCUUAACUUGGUGGUGGUAGUGGAGCUAGCCACUGCUAGCAAAUCACAGCAUAUAUAUAUAUAUAUAUAUAUAUAUAUAUAUAUAUAUACUCAUUGUAUAAUCAUACCAAUUGAAACUUAUAGACACACCAGGAAUGUGGGGGCCUCUCUAUCUCUCUCUCAGUUGCCCAAUGCCAACCAGGAGACAAAAUAUAGCUUGCAUCUGUAUGAGGGUGUGUACAUGUAUCUUUCUACCUGUUCCUCCCUUCUAUCUAUCUUCUCUCUAUAACACUGCAGGCCUGUGGCCUUUGACCCACUUGUAUCCCAGGCCCAUCUAUUCACUAGAAAGCUAGUAGAGACACUUCAUCUUGAAUCCACUGGGAGACCAAAUAGUUAUUUCUGAUUUGGAACUGUUUGUGUAAUGUUAGGGGCUAGGAGUCACUGUGUACUCAUCCAAUAUGCAAGCAACAUGAACCAAUCGUGGUAUGUUGUUAUUAAUCACAAACCAAUCAGAGGUAGAAUUAUGUAUGUUAUUAUAUUCAACUAUAUGCUUACAUAUUAACCAUGCGCCAAGCAGAGGUAGGAUAAUCUAUGUAUUAGCAAGACACUUUUUGAUUAAAUGUGGCGGAGACUG